AUGGCCCAACCAGGUCUAUCUGCCUUUCCUCCAGUAAUACCCGAGAGAGAUCCAAGGCACGACGACACCAUCAGACCGGUUGAGGAUAACACGGGAAUCAGGGCUGUCCCACAGUUCGGUACCACCAGGACUCGUGCCAGUACUCAGGCAGGACGGGAUCGCAAGGGUAGCAACCCGCCUCUCAUGAUGGAGCCGUCACAUUAUCCCGCUACCGAGCCUGAGAUGGGCAUCGACGAUCCACCUCAUGGCCCUCCACCCAGUCGUACUCCGUCCCGGCAACAGGUCAUGCGAUGGCCACUGCCUCCUCCAACACCAUCAGAUUACGGGUACGACGACAUUGCGGACCAAAAAUACUUCCCUCACCCACCGUACAGUAGCUAUGGAAUGCCACCGCCCCGUCCACAGCCGCAGUACUAUCCGGAACAACCGCCGUAUUACAAUCGACCCUACCAGCGCCGCAUGAGCUCCGUCAGAGAGUCUACCGAAUAUGGCGGUGGUCAAGGGCCUCCUCGUCCACCACGGAGGCCACGUUACAGAGAGUAUUACGAUGGAUCGGAAGAUGGCGACAGCGAUGAAAUGCCCCUGCGCAAACCUCGCAGGAAGAGGAGCAGAGGCUCCGAUCGUUCAAGCCCUCCUCCGGAAGUUGUGAUGCGUCUUCCAUUCACUGACUGGAUGAACACGACAGUCAAAGGACACUUUGUCGCGACAAUGGGCGAGUUCAUGGGUACCACCAUGUUUCUCUUCUUUGCUUUCGCAGGCACCCAAGUCGCGAACAUUGGCACAGGCGAGAACAGCACGCAGACCACGACCAAUGCGGAUACAGGAUUCAGCCCCAUCGUGCUCCUAUACAUCGCCCUGUCGUUUGGCUUCAGUUUGAUGACGAACGUAUGGAUCUUUUUCCGUAUCUCUGGUGKCCUCUUCAAUCCUGCAGUCACUCUUUCCAUGGUCAUGGUCAAGGCCAUUAGCGUUUCCAGAGGCCUCUUGCUGGUGUCAUCGCAGCUCAUCGGCGCAGUCUUUGCAUCCUAUGUUGUCUCGGUGCUCUUCCCAACGACUUUCAACGUGCGAACGACGCUCUCAGAGGGCACCUCUGUAGUUCGCGGAGUCUUUAUCGAAGCAAUCCUGACAGCCGAGCUUGUCUUCGCCAUCUUCAUGCUUGCCAACGAGAAGCACAAAGCAACCUUCAUGGCUCCAAUCGGAAUCGGACUUGCACUGUUCAUCGCAGAGAUGGUCGGAGUGUACUACACUGGAGGCAGUCUGAACCCUGCACGCUCCUUCGGACCUUGCGUCAUCUCUGGUGUCUGGGACAACGAGCACUGGAUCUACUGGGUCGGUCCUACCGCCGGUGCUCUCAUCGCUUGGGGUUUCUACAAGAUCAUCAAGAUGCUCGAAUACGAGAUGGCCAACCCAGGUCAAGAAUCUGCCAGCAAGGAAGAGGCUGCACAGGAAGCGGCGGAUGUUGCUCCUGCUGAAAUUCUGAGCCGAAAAGAGACUGUAUAG